GCAGUAAAACUCUCUCCGCGGACAACACAUCGCGAUACUUAAAUUUGUGAUCAUCCUCCGAACUGGCAGACGCAAAUGACGAAUGAGUUCUGACUAGGAUGAGCUGGCUCGAGUCGCUCCUGAGAGACGAAAAAUCGUUCCAAGUGUACAGAAAGUUCAGAUUUAAACCCGUAUAAUUCCAUCGAUUCAAAAGAAUCCAGAUUUCCAAGCAAAGAAAACUACCCUCCGUAACCAGCCUAUCGACCAAAAUCCCUGAUCGAGCAACCAGACGACGCAUAUGGAUUUCGUGGCCGGUUGCAUUGGCGGCUGCGCUGGAGUUCUUGUCGGGCAUCCGUUCGACACCGUGAAGGUACGACUCCAGACGCAGGAUCCCCGGAAUCCAGUCUACCGGGGCACAUUCCACUGUCUGAGGAGCAUAAUUGCCAAGGACUCCGUUUCUGGAUUGUUCCGCGGGAUGUCCUCGCCGAUGGUCGGCGUGUCGGUUGUUAACGCGAUAGUUUUCGGAGUUUACGGAUGUACCUCGAGACAGUUCUCAGACCAGGAUUCACUGAAAACGCAUUUCGUCGCGGGAAUGGUGGCAGGCUCCGUACAAAGUUUCGUCACGAGCCCACUGGAACUGGUCAAAACUCGACUGCAGGUACAAGCCGAUACCACACCGACCGCGAUUACACAGCGAGCCACUUACGCGGGGCCGGCUGACUGCGUGCGUAGAAUUGUCCUGAGAGAAGGAGGUCUCAGAGCCCUGACAAGAGGACUUGGAUCGACUCUCCUCCGUGACGGACCGGCUCUCGGUGCUUACUUCGCAAGCUACGAGUUCUUCACGAACAGCUCGAUGUUUCGAUCCGAUGACGAGCAAAACUUGAGCACGUCGGCGCUCCUGAUGGCCGGUGGUUUGGCAGGUGUCGUCUCAUGGGUGGUUUCAUACCCCGUGGACGUUAUCAAAUCCCGAAUACAGAGUUCAGCCACGGCGAAAGGAUUGACUCAAACGGCCCGAUCGAUGUAUGCGCAGGAAGGCGGUCGCAGCUUCUUCCGAGGUCUCAACUCUGCCUUGAUACGCGCCUAUCCUACGAACGCAGCGAUAUUUUUCACAGUGAGCUUCGUUCAGGAUCUGCACGCGAAAUACGUGAGCGGGAAGGCAGCGUUGGUCAAAGCAGAAGAACGCAUCGUCGAAACUGUACAGCAGCAAAUGCAUUUCCAUCUACACUAUCACCAGCUGGGCGAACGCAUGCAUUUGCCAACAAUCUCGAAUCACUAUCACUAGGAAAAUAUGUAUUCACGCACAAAAGACGGUACCAAGCCCUCGCCCUCGUGCCCUGCUCCAUCGAGGCCGAGAUACGAGGAAGAGCCAAUCGCUGGGAACGCAUUUUGUCAGGAGCUGUCGGCUACGCUAGGCAAAUUAGAAUAAAUUCCGACUGUUUUACCA